AUGUUUUAUGUGUCCCCUCUUAUUGACGGCAACUUCUAUAUUUACCAUCCCCCCUCCCUUUCUCUAUAUAUCUCCUAUUCUUCGAAUCAUCUAACCCUUUCACAGAACCACCGAGAGCGCGACGACAACAAGAAGCUCCGAAAGGAAAAUGAUGAGCUGCGCCUGGAGAACCUGAGGAUCAAAGAGGCAUUAAGUAAUCCAUGCUGCCAGCACUGUGGCGGUCCUUGCGUUAUUGGCAAGAUGUCCAUGGACGGGCGCCGACUGAGGUUGGAGAACGCUAGCUUGCAGGCAGAGAUUGAAAAGGUGUCGGUGUGGAUCUCGAAGCAUGGGAAUCAAUCAGAGAUGCCGUCGACCGCGCUGCCCGAGCCGGAACCCUCGCAUCAACUAGUGGUCUCUGGGGUCGUUACUGGCACUGUGAAGGUUCCUCUGAAUACGAUGGAAGCAGAGAGUUCGAGAGCAGCGGAACUGCGCGGGCCAUCUGUUACCGUGCAAUCUCAGGCUCAGGUGCAGAGGCCUUUCUUCGAAAACCUUGCAGCCGUGGCCAUGGAGGAGCUAAUGGUGAUGGCUCACGCUGGUGAGCCUCUGUGGAUCCCUGGCCUCGAUGGUUAUUAUGAGAUUCUUAACGAGGAUGAAUACGCCCGAGCUUUCCCGAGGGGGCUCGGGCCGAAGCGACUCGCCCUUCGGACGGAGGUGACUAGAGGAACGACAAUAAUGUUUACGACUCCGCUGUUCCUUGUGGACAUUAUCAUGAAUGUAAGCAAGUGGUCGACUUUCUUUUCAGGCAUUGUUUCAAGUGCUGAUUAUUUGGAGAUGCCUUUCAUUAGCAUCGGCUCCGAGGGAAUGUUGCAAUUAAUCACAGCGGAGUUUCAAGUUCCAUCACCUCUCGUACCACCCAGAGGGUGUGUGUUUCUGAGGUACUGCAGAAAGCAUGCAGAGGGAUUCUGGGUAAUCGUCGAUGUUUCAAUGAACAACCAUGAUAACUCAGAAAUCAGAUACCGGAGAAGGCCAUCGGGCUGCUUAAUCCAAGAGAUGUCGAAUGGCUACUCAAAGAUUACAUGGGUCGAACAUGUCGAAGUGGAUGAUUCUGGUGUUCAUGACAUGUACAAGGCUGUAGUCAGUUCAGGUCUAGCCUUCGGAGCCAAACGGUGGCUGUCAACUCUGGAACGACAGUGUGAGCGCCUGGCAAGUAUCUCGGCCAUUAACAAUCCGCGCUUUGGUCUUAAUGCUAACCCUGAGGGUAGGAAGAACAUUUUGAGGUUGGUGGAGAGGAUGGUGGUAGGCUUCUGCGGUGGGGUAAGUGGAUCAAGAGCUCAGGGCUGGAGCCAUAUAUCUGGAAUCGGUGCGGAGGAUGUGAAAAUUACAGCUAAAAGGAACACUGUUGUUACUGGUUCGCCUCCAGGAAUCACCAUAAAUGCCAGCACGUCCCUAUGGCUCCCCUUGCCGCCGGGGAGAAUUUUUCAUUUCCUGCGCACCUCACGCAAUCUGGUGUUCAGGGCCCCUUCGAUAUGGGACGUGCUCGCGAAUGGUGCUACAAUUGAAGAAGCGUGCCAAAUAGCUAAUGGCAGGGAAGAAGGAAAUUGUAUCUCGAUACUCAAUGUUCGCGGACCGGAAAGCCCGAGCCACGUGAUGAUACUCCAAGAGAACUGCUCCCAUGCAACUGGCUCGUAUGUGAUCUAUGCUCCAAUCGAUGUCGUGGCGCUGAAUGCUAUCCUGACCGGCCAAGAGGCAGACUACGUGGCACUUCUUCCUUGUGGAUUUACCAUAUUCCCUGACUUGCCUUAUGGCAUGCAAGAUGGCUUAGUUGGUGAGGGUGGCUCCGGAGGAUCCCUCUUGACUGUUUCUUUUCAGAUCCUGGUCGACUCCAAUCCAGAUUCAAAUAUCUCUGCUGACACCAUCGCCAACCUGAAUGUGCUUGUGACCGGUACCUGCGACCAAAUCAAAGGUUCUCUGUUGGCUAAAAAUGCCCCGUGAAGCUGAAGGAGGAGGACAGGAGAGUUGAAACGGAAGUCAAAAACGCACCUCAGACUCUCCAAGACAUGCUAGUGUGCUGGUUCGGGCAUUGAAUUAAAUAAAGUACCUGCUAGAUUAGCAGACCCUCCUAUAUGAUAUUUUUCUGUUUUCUUUCUUUCUGCACCUUAUGUGCAACCUUGUUUGGUUCUUGUAAUAAUAACUAUGGUGGAUAGAGAUAUCUAAUCCACAUUGCAACAUUUCUCCCUUUUACUAAAAACAUUGAGGAUGCUCUUUUUAAUAAAGUUAAACAGCUUAUAGUAUGGU